AUGGCAUCAUCAGUCGCCAUGUUAGCAGCAAUGCUGUACGCUUCCACAACGUUUGCAUAUCCUCAGUCCAUCGCCGGACAGACCCUCGUCCCUGGCAAUCUCGCGGUGACUUGGUAUCAGGCACCUCUGGCCUUCAGCGAAUCAAGCUCGACCAACGCGACAUGUGGUUGGGCUGUUUCUACGGGACAGCUAAACACCACUCAGUGCUACGUCUUGCACACCUAUGCUCUCGGACUACAGCAAAACGAGCACCACGAUUGUACUCUGAAGGUGUGGGAUGACGUCUCUGAUUGUUCGGGAGAUGGGUCCUGGACCAUGCAUGCUAUACCCAGUGGCAGAGGGACUCGUUGUGUCGAGACUGGAGUUUUGGAUGGCGGCAAUUUCCAGCACAAGAGCUGUGUCUUGACAUGCUCUUGA